AUGAAGCUGUUCGGUUACGACGAUGCCAUGCAAUCUUUAGAAGCAAGAGAAGCACAAGAGUUUUACGAAAUAGUCAAACUCCGCAUGGAACAGAUCUCAAAAGCAUCACAACUGAAUCAAACUCAAAAAAUGAAUAGACUAAACCUUGCUGGGGUCACAAAACCUCAUCAUAACACUCAUUAUGGUGAGAUCGAAGAGAUAGAAGUUGAGGCCGAGACAAACUUUCAAAGGCUCAAACACUUUGACAUAUUCGAAACUCCACCUUCAGAUCAUCAUUUUAUUUACCCAACCAGGUUUGCUAAACUAUUUUCUUUUGCUCCCACUCCAAAGAAGUCACUAAAGAAAAAAAUGAGUCGAGAGUGGGAGAUAUUGGCAUCCCAACUUCCAAACUCAAUGUUUUACAUUAGGGUUUACAAGUCAAGGCGUGAUCUCUUGAGGGUUGUUGUGAUCAAUGAGAAAGCAGCCACUAAUUCUUAUCACCAUGGCUUGUUUUUCUUUGACUUGUUCUUCCCUGGAGAUUACCCUUCUAAGCCUCCUAUGGUUUUUUACCACUCUUAUGGAGAAUCACAUCCUAAACUUCAUCAAAGGGGAGGAGAGGUUUGUAGUAAUCUUUUCAAGAAUUGGAGGGAGUUGAUUCAAUCAAACGAGGAAUCUCCCAUUCUCAACGUGCUUGUUUCGAUCCAAAACUUUGUUUCGAGUUCGAUUUCUGAAUUUAAGUUGGAGAGAAGCAUGGUGAUGAGGUGCAAGAAGGAUGUUGUGGUGAGAACGAGUGAAGCCAUUCUUCACAUGUUGGAGUCUCCACUGAAGGGAUAUGAAGUUUUUGUGGUGGGGUAUUUUCUCUUAAGGGCUCAUUAUAUUCUUUUGAACUAUAAAAAGUUUACUGAUCCAGAUGAUGAGGAUUUGAAUAAGCUCUUUUUGAAGCUGAUUAAGGCGUUUGAGAAGAAUGGAACAUAUUGCAAACAUCAUUACUAGGAGUCUUAUAUGGAGACACAAUGGAAUUUAGGAUGAAUCUUAGUACAUACUAAUUACUACAUAG